GGGGGCGGAGGGAAGCCAGGACGGGCGCGCUCCAAACGCGGGGCGGGGCGUGAACUGGAGGGCUGGAGAGGCCAGGCCGAGGCACGGAGCGGCAGUGGGCGGGCUUAUAGGAAAUGAAGCAUGCCAUUGGCUGAGCCGAGAGGCGGGACUCCGGGACUGAGCCCAGGCUGCGAGGUGGCCAAAGGGGUCCCUAGUGCUGGUUGGGGAUCACAAGGACCGACAGUGUACGCCCCCUAUCUGGAGUGGGAACCUGGGAUUAGAGAACUGAGGAGGCAGCGCGGGACCCGAACGAUUUUUACUCAGGAGGCCCAGGUCCGUCCCAAUGCCUGCCUAACACGUCCUAAAGGUGCCUUCUAAAGGCCGAACCCCUGUGAAGAAAGUGAAGAAAUCUAGAGGGCUGGCAUGUUCUAAGAAUGGAGAAGGCACACAAAAUUUCAACAGAGGAGGAAAAUGGCCUAAGGAAUGUCAGAAACAGAGAAGCCCAGAUCCACUGGACCAGAUCUCGGGAAGGUCUUAUCAGUGAAGGAGAAAAACCCAGGCACUGAUGAGGCUACAGUCUGGAAACGAGGCUCCAUGUGCCCACCUCACACUUGUCCUCAUGAACAGCAUGAAUGUGUAAGAAGUGACAGCAGAUGGAGAAGCUAUCUGUUUGGGGGAAGGGCCAUAUGUACAGGUCCCGCAGUGGAUGAUCGGGCAAGGAAGUGAGAAAGGGGAAAGCCAGUCACCUCCAGCAUACUGGACUCACUUUAGUACACCUCCAACAAGUCCCAGAAUUUCAACCUGUUUUACCUGGAGCCAUGUGAGUGGCUCCUUAUAGGUGGAUAAAGUCAAGUUCAAACCCAAGAUUAGGACAAAUCAUCAGAUAUUCAAACUUCCAUAUUUCUUGGCCCAGGGCAGAUGUUGGACACAGGUAUGGUCAAAACAGAGGGGGCCCCUGCCCCUUGCUGGCAGAAGCAAAGAUACCUAUCCAGCACUGCCCUUGGCAUUUGUACAGUCCUGGUGACACAUGCCCAGCACUCAGUACAAGAUCCAGGCCCAGCCUUCUGCCCCCACACCAACCCCCACACCAAAUCUGCCUUGGGAGUCCAGCAAGAGCCAUGAGUUGGGCAGGUCCUUAGGGAGGGAAUUCACAGCCAAGUGCAGAAUUCCUGCCCACUGUCCACCUGCAUCACCGUUAGACCAGGAAAAGUUUGUGAGAAAAGCGAAGGACAAGAGGUGAACAGACCAGCUGAACCCCACAAUGAAAGCACACUGGUAACCCCUAAACGUACAAACACUGUGCCAGAGAAGGUAAAGGACCCGAAGAAAAUAAUCCUUUAAAAGAUGAACCCUCAGCUGGGUGUUGGUGGUGCACACCUUUAAUCCUGGCACUCAGGAGGCAGAGGCAGGCAGAUCUCUAAGUUCGAGGCCAGCCUGAUCUACAGAGCUACAUAGAGAAACCCUGUCUCGAUAAACAAAAACAAAACAGAUGAACCCUCACCCAUCUUGGCCCUAUUCUAUGCCUUUGAGGGCUGCCUAUGUGACAGCAUUAAGAGCUAAAGGGGUGGUGUGUGUGGGGGGGUUACAAAUGGUUUCCUUAUCACUGGCCCAUGAAGGGGUGGCCUUCUCCAUUGCCUUCUCCUACCUUAGGGAACUACAUUACCUACAGGAUUCCCUACAUUUUGCUCCCACCUUUGUUUUUCACCCCUUUAUCAAGACUUCUGAUUAUCCUUAAUUGAGUCUACCAUCUGUUUCCUGUCGGGACCCUUGACUGAUAGAACCACCACCCUGGAUCCCCUGGAUUGACCUGGUUUGCAAUUAUGAGCCAUGUUUCUAUAUAGCAGUUUAGUUUUUAGUUUUAGAAAUGUGGGCAGACCUUUGGGUCUCAGCCCUCUCUUACCUCAGGUUGGAGCCAAGCAUGAAGCCUUUUUGUUCACUUUUAGUUUGCUCCAGUACAUGCGCAGACCUUCCAGGUUCUAAGUCCAAGUGGCUCAGGUAAUAGCCUCAUUUCCCCCAGAGCACUACUCCUUUGUGACUUCACCCACUGAAGUCACCCCCGGAGACAGUGCUGAGUGUUCCAUGCUCGAGUCUUGGCCUCUUAGGAGGCAGGGACAGCAGGCCUGGCCAGCUCAGAGGACUCUCUGUCCACAGUGUAAAUGAGGACGCUGCUGGCCCAUGUCUGGCAGGGAUGUAGAGGGCAGCCUCAGAGGCACUGGGCACUCCCGGCACCAUGGAUGACGCUGCCGUCCUCAAGCGACGAGGCUACAUCAUGGGGAUAAACUUGGGAGAGGGCUCAUAUGCCAAAGUCAAAUCCGCCUACUCUGAGCGCCUAAAGUUCAACGUGGCGGUCAAGAUCAUCGAUCGCAAGAAAGCCCCCACGGACUUCCUGGAGAAAUUCCUUCCCCGGGAGAUUGAGAUCCUGGCCAUGCUAAACCACCGCUCUAUUGUCAAGACCUAUGAGAUCUUUGAGACAUCAGAUGGCAAGGUCUACAUUGUCAUGGAGCUUGGGGUCCAGGGUGACCUCCUGGAAUUCAUCAAAACUAGAGGAGCCCUGCAAGAGGAUGAUGCUCGAAAGAAGUUCCAUCAGCUCUCCUCUGCCAUCAAGUACUGCCAUGAUCUGGAUGUCGUCCACCGAGACCUCAAGUGCGAGAAUCUUCUGCUUGACAAGGACUUCAACAUCAAGCUGUCUGACUUCGGCUUCUCCAAGCGCUGCCUGCGGGAUGAUAGUGGUCGACUGACAUUAAGUAAGACCUUCUGUGGGUCAGCGGCUUAUGCAGCCCCCGAGGUGCUGCAGGGCAUCCCCUACCAGCCCAAGGUGUAUGACAUCUGGAGCCUGGGUGUGAUCCUCUACAUCAUGGUUUGUGGCUCCAUGCCCUAUGACGACUCCAACAUCAAAAAAAUGCUGCGAAUCCAGAAGGAGCACCGAGUCAACUUCCCACGCUCUAAACACCUGACUGGUGAGUGCAAGGACCUCAUCUACCGCAUGUUACAGCCAGAUGUCAACCGGCGGCUACACAUUGAUGAGAUCCUCAGCCAUUGCUGGGUGCAGCCCAAGGCACGAGGUCUGUCCUCUGGAGCCAUCAACAAAGAGGGGGAAAGCUCCCGGGCCACUGAAUCCACAUGGACCCCUGAAUCCACUGGUGCUGAUAAGAAGUCUGCCACCAAGGUGGAGCCUAGGGAAGAGGCACGACCUGAGGCCCAACUUGAGACAAAACCUCAGGAAGACACUGUGCAAGUGGCCAGGCAGGCAGAGACCGUAGGCCUCACCAGUGAACUGAACAGGGAGUCAGAGGAAGGGCACCUCCAACAGCCUUCAGAGACACAUACCUAGUGAGCCUCUUGCAGCCCAGGGGGCCAGCAGGGAAUGAGGCAGAGCUCAUGGCUUGAAGCCUGAGCCUAAAAGUCAAGGGACGAGAGAGAGAGAGAGAGAAGGAAGACAGUCCCGGAUGAGCUGCUAUUUUCGUCACUUUCUUCUCCCCCCCCCCCCUUUGAACUUGGUAACUCACAUGGCUAAAGAAGCAAUAAAUCCCUAUAUUGGUGCAGAUCCUAGUCCUGGGCUCCCCUUGGCUUCCUGUUAGACUGCAAAUCCUCAUUCAUAAGGAAAUCCAUUCCCACGCCCCCAGCCUGCACUGUAUUCUCAGACCAUGGUUGAGUUAGCAGUACCAGUCAGAGACAGAUUUGGGGGAUUAGAAGGGGCAGAGGCCAGGGAAGACAGCUAAGGAAGGAAGACACAAUUUUUAGAGGGAAGCCAAGAAGUGCAGGGAAGGGUGGAGAGAAGGCAAGGAGAGGCAGUCCAAGGAGGAUGAAUACAGCUGCCUGAAAAGGAAGGGCUGGGAGCCAGAACCCUCUCUUGCACUGGAGGGCUUGCACUGUCUGCAUCAGGGGCUCAGGGUCUAAGCAGAAGCCCCAUUACACUGGGGCUUCUGACUGCACAAACCUGCCUGUGAGGGGCAGGGGGAAGACUACAGAAGGCAGGUUGAUCCCCAUGGUACCUUUUGGGCUUCCCAGUUUGCUUGGCAGUGGCUUUUACAGCUCUGCCCAUCAUGGGGCAUGUUCCUCUGGGUCCAGCUGGCACCUAGUUCUCAACUGUGCCCUUAGUUGCUCCACAUCAUCAUUUCUCAGCCCAGAAGUAGGGUGCUCCACUAGUUAACCCAAGCAUGUCCCUCAGCCCUGUACAGCUUUGACUGCAUCCCAUUCCCUUCCAAUCUCAGUCCGUUCCAGAGGAGAUGCCCCCAGCCAGAGGUGCAAGCUGAUCUUGACAAAGCAAAAUGGCAGCAUGAACCCUAUGGGCAAGGAAGGCAGCUACUGUAUUCCUGCAUCUCACACCACUGGCUGCCAGGUGCAGCCUGCCUUGCUUACACCAAGUCCCAAGCAGUCCUCACCUUGCUGUUGUGGCCCCUUUCUCUUCACCUCACUCUGGGCAACCUCAUGGAGGUCUAAGGGUUUAAUACACAAAAAUAAGAACAUUUAUACUCAACUCAACCCUGCCCCCACCUAUGCCGCUACCUUGGGAAAACACCAACACCAAUUUACCCCGGAAAAUUGGGAUCUAGUGAGUUUCUGAAUGUUCCUCCUGCAUCCCCUGCCCCACAUCCAGCCCACCUUCACCUCACUGCUGUUCCACCCAUCAUCUCUACAUCAUCCAUUCACAGCUAUACCUAGGCUAUCGCCUACCACCCUCAGAAAGGAUUUCAGUGCUAACUUCUGAUUUGCCCAUCAACACCCCCUCAUCCCCACACCCCAAAACAUUUGCCAUAAGCAUACUUGCCAAUUCACCUCUGAAGACUGUGCCCAUCUCCCUGGGCUCAGCCAAAGGACUUUGUCCUCCUCAAAGCCUUCUGGGACCAAGCAAUGCUCUGUAGCCUGCUUCUGUGAAUUUUGCCUGUGAGGACCAAGUAUCCAGGGUUGAGGCACAAUGCUGACCCUGAACAACACUGGAGAGAGUGACAUUGA